AUGGAAAUCGAUGUAGGUAGGAGCGAUUUCGAGAAAGAUGAAAAGGAAGACGACGACUCAGUUUCUGAUCUCUUGAGAGAUCGCUUUCGUCUCUCUCCCAUCUCCAUCGCCGAAUACGAAGGUCUGCUGGCAAAGGACCUUGAGCUAUUUGCACACCACACUGGUCGUAAAUCCGUGACCAUGGGAGAUGUCAUAGCUUCUGCUAUUCCGCAGUCGCAGUUCUUCGGUUUCAAAGCUUCUAAGAUGUCGAGAGAUGGAGAAACUAAGUCAGGGAUGCCUAUUGUUGGGAAUGUGUUACAGGCAAGAAUGGCUGCCACCCAAGAGACUGCUGCCCUUGAGUGGGUUGAAAAGGACAACCGAAGAAUGCUCCAUGUUAUUUACCGAGUUGGGGAUUUGGAUAGGACCAUCAAAUUCUAUACUGAGCGUCUGGGAAUGAAGCUGUUGAGGAAACGGGACAUACCAGAGGAGAGAUACACAAAUGCCUUUCUUGGAUAUGGGCCCGAAGAUUCUUACUUUGUUAUUGAACUCACUUACAAUUAUGGAGUUGAUAAGUAUGACAUUGGAACUGCAUUUGGUCAAUUCGGUAUUGCUGUUGAUGAUGUUGCCAAGACUGUGGAACUAAUAAAGGCCAAGGGUGGAAAAGUAACACGAGAACCUGGCCCAGUGAAAGGUGGUUCUACUGUAAUUGCAUUUGUUGAGGAUCCUGAUGGUUACAAGUUUGAACUUAUUGAGAGGGCGCCUACUCCUGAACCUUUGUGCCAAGUAAUGCUCCGUGUUGGUGAUCUUGAUCGUUCCAUAAAAUUUUAUGAGAAGGCCUUUGGCAUGGAACUUCUUCACAAACGAGAUAAUCCACAGUACAAGUAUACAAUAGCCAUGAUGGGCUAUGGGCCUGAAGAUAAAAACGCUGUGCUUGAAUUGACGUACAACUAUGGGGUUACUGAUUAUGACAAAGGAUCAGAUUGCCAUCGGAACAGAUGAUGUUUACAAAACCGCCUAGGCAGUUAAACUCUUUGGUGGAAAAAGUACCCGGGAACCUGGACCUUUACCUGGUAUUAACACCAAGAUUACGGCAUGCUUAGAUCCCGAUGGUUGGAAGACGGUUUUUGUCGAUAAUAUUGAUUUCCUCAAGGAAUUGGAGUGAGUUUUGGGUGAACUCGUCUCUUAUCCUUUUGACGCUGAAAUCCAAAUCUGAGCUGAAAGGACUUGUCGAAGAAAUUCUUCGUGGGAACGCAGCGAAUGAUGUUUUGUAGAUAAAUCUUUUAUGGCGACAAUCGGAUAGCCAUUAGAUUCGAGAAAG